AUGGUUUUGCCCAUAUUUUUCUCAACCUUACUCAUAGGAGGACUACUAGCCUCUAAACUCAUUUGGCAAUGGUUCACACAAAAAAUUUUAUCUUUGCAUAAUAAGCACCCCAAACUCCCUCCUGGCCCACCAAGGUUGCCAAUCGUUGGCAAUCUUCUCCAAUUAGGGCAACUUCCACAUAGAGAUUUAGCAUCUUUAUGCGAUAAAUAUGGACCCUUAGUUUAUCUUAAAUUGGGUAACAUUGAUGCAAUUACUACUAAUGAUCCUGAUAUCAUACGCGAAAUACUUGUUCGCCAAGAUGAUGUUUUUGCCUCUCGUCCACACACUCUUGCCGCUGUUCAUUUAGCCUAUGGGUGUGGGGAUGUUGCAUUGGCCCCUUUAGGCCCACAUUGGAAGCGAAUGAGAAGAAUUUGCAUGGAACAUUUGUUAACCACAAAGAGACUUGAAUCCUUCUCAAAACAUCGUCAAGAUGAAGCCAACCACCUUGUUAAGGAUGUUUGGGCUAAAGCCCAAACCGGAAAGCCCAUUAACUUGAGAGAAGUGUUGGGUGCAUUUUCAAUGAACAAUGUGACUAGAAUGUUGCUAGGAAAGCAAUAUUUUGGAUCUAAAUCAGCAGGCCCACAAGAGGCUAUGGAUUUCAUGCACAUAACCCAUGAAUUGUUUUGGUUAUUGGGUGUGAUAUACUUAGGUGACUACUUGCCAAUUUGGAGGUGGGUGGAUCCUUAUCAAUGUGAAAGGAAAAUGAAGGAAGUCGAAAAGAAAGUGGAUGAUUUUCACACCAAAAUUAUUGAAGAACAUAGAAAAGCAAGAAUUGAGAAGAAGAAGAAGAAGAAUAAUAUGGGAAUGGAAGAUGAUGAAGAAAUGGAUUUUGUGGAUAUUUUACUAUCACUGCCAGGCGAAGAUGGAAAAGCGUGUUUGGAUGAUACAGAAAUCAAAGCUUUGAUUCAGGAUAUGAUAGCUGCAGCAACAGAUACUUCGGCUGUGACGAAUGAAUGGGCAAUGGCUGAAGUAAUCAAACAUACCCAUGUCCUUCGUAAAAUUCAAGAAGAGCUUGAUGCAGUAGUGGGUCCCAACAGAAUGGUGAUGGAAUCUGAUUUAGUCCACCUUAAUUACCUGCGAUGCGUUGUACGUGAAACAUUUCGGAUGCACCCAGCAGGGCCUUUCCUCAUUCCACAUGAAUCUCUUCGUGACACCACCAUCAACGGCUUUGAUAUACCUGCAAAGACACGUGUCUUCAUCAACACCCAUGGUUUGGGUCGUAACACUAAGAUUUGGGACAAUGUUGAGGAGUUUAGGCCCGAAAGGCACUUGCUAGUUGACGGGGGUAGGGUUGAGAUUAGCCAUGGAGUAGAUUUCAAAAUACUACCCUUUAGUGCUGGAAAAAGGAAAUGUCCUGGUGCACCACUUGGAGUCACCUUGGUUUUAAUGGCUUUGGCUCGACUUUUUCAUUGCUUUGAUUGGGCUCCGCCACGUGGCUUAAAUCCUCAAGAUAUUGAUACAAGAGAAGUCUACGGAAUGACCAUGCCUAAGGUUGAGCCCUUGAUUGCUUUUGCUACUCCUCGCUUAGCAAAACAUUUAAAAUGUUCCUGCGUGAAAGAUAUCUAUGAGGCCGUUAUUCGUAUUUCUAUUACUGAUUUUGAUGGGGUCCUUUGUUGGUGGUCCGAUAUUUGGAGAUUUAGUGGUUUGAGUGUGGAGAGAUUUGCGGUGAAAUUAUAUUACCCUGCUGAUUCUGAUUCUGAAAUUGUUGGAUCAGUGGAAGCCCCCAAGCUCAAUGUGUUUAUUGGUGGUUUCGAAACGGGGCGACCUUUGCGUGCCAAGUGUCCGAAGUAUAGACGGAUCGAGCUUUGUUCAGUGAUGGAGAAAGGGAAAAAGGUUGUGAUAGAGAAAAGGAAAAAUGUUAGGGGUCGGGGAAAAAGGGAAAUUGCUUAUGAGAAGGACAAAAUUGUUGAGGAAGUUUGGGUUUGGGAUCUUAAUGAUUCUUUUGCAUGGGUGGCUGAGUCCGUGAAAGGGUAUGCUUUUGUUUUUGAUGAUGAUAGAAGUGUGUGUCAGUUAGGUUUGACAUCUUUGUGGUUGCGUUUUGUGGACCUUGGGGUUAAGUUGCCUUUUACUGAGUUUGAACGAGGGGUUCUGGUGCAGCUUAAGUGUGCACCUUUUCAAUUGCAUCCAAAUUUAUGGGCUUUUGUUAGGGCUUUUGAGGUGCUGACGGAGUAUCUUGAAUCUGAACCGUCGCUGGAGGUUAGUGUUGCCGAGGGCGAGUUUCCCUGGUAUGUUGAUGAGUGUUUGUUGGAGAAGUUUUCUCUUUUUUGGGUUCCGAGGCCUAGGCAGAUAUUAGAUAUGGAUAGGAUGGAGUAUAGAAAUGAGAUAAUUGUUGAGUUCCUGGUCAAUCAUAUAUCUUCGUCUUCUUUGUUAUCUGUUAUGGAUCUUCUUGAGCUUGAAUCGGAUAAGGAUGCGUUGGUUGAGUAUAUAGUAGAAAAAACUCCGAAGGUAACCUCAAGUGGUUUGCGAGCAUUUUUUUGUAGCAAGAAUGUAGAGAAGCAAGGGUCAAGUAGUCAUACUGUGGCUAAAAAGGGUGCGGAGGUAAAUCAGCCAUCGCCGGCCAAGAAAGGUGAUGAUGACCUGACCUCGUUAUGGAGUGAACACUUCCCAUUUUCUAUUGUUGCUGAUGAACAUGCCCAAAGUUCCUCUGAUGUGAAGCUUAUACAUAACGUUGGUGAUGUUGGUAUCUCGCAAUAUCUGCAUGUAUAUCCCAUUAUAUCCGUAGUGACUGUGAUUUUUGUUCUUGUUCUGUUUUUUCAAGUGAUGGGAGCUCAGUUGAUGUGUAUUGGCCGAACUCAAGAACUUAAGCAUGCUCGAGACUCCUUUGAUAAGGCAUUAAUGACUCAAUUGAUACAGGAUAAUCUGGAGAAAUCAAACAAGCUCCGUGAUGCGCUGGACUUGGUGAAUUCCUUGCAAGAGAAAUUGACGACCUCUGAGAAUGAUGAAAAGAAUUUCAAAGAAGAGAAGGCUACACUUGAGGUCAGAUUGGUGGUGCUUGUUACCGAGAAGAAACAAAUAGAAACUAAAAAAGAAGAUCAUGGCCUUUAG